CUACAUCACCAUUUUUUUUUUCCUUUUUUGUCGAUUUACACUAUAUAAAUAGCGUAACAUAUUAAAACCGAUCAUAAAACUUCAAUUAUUUAUAAGCUAGUUGACAUCCAGAAUAAAAAUUUACACCUAUUCUUUCCUUUAUGACAUGAUUAAUUAAGUAAUCUUGGGAUAUGCUUAUAUUUGUAAUUAAUUCAUUGCCAUCCUAAUUGAUUCCGUCAAACUCACUCUUUCUCUCUCCUCCUGUAAUCACAUCCAUACGUCCAUCACAUCUCAUCACAAUUCACACUCAUCCAUCCGUUCACUAUUUUGUCUUCUUCACUUUCCCUCACUUCAUUCAGUGCUUGUCUCAUUAUAAUACCACCUGCAAGUCUGCAACCCCAUUUACCCUUCUUUCUCUCUCCUAAACCCCCAUUUCUAACUUUCCCAGCAAAACCCAUUAACCCAUUUCUCUUCUAUAUUCAUAAAACCCUUCUUCUCCCCAUUUUUCUUCACUCAGGCAUUUCAUCGAACACCUUACCUGCUCCCCUCAAAAUGCCAACCCCAGGUUCAAUCUUGAGGCAAUUAAGCGCAAAAGAAGGAUGGAAAUCCACAUCUAAGAGAUGGGCAAGCUAUGGAGGCCGAAACAGCCAUGGAAGAUACUCUUAUGGAGGUGAAAAUGAUAUGGGUUCUUGUUGGAAACAGAUGAAUGGGAUAAACAGUAUGUAUGCAAAUGAAUAUGGAGGUAGUAACAAUGGAGGAAUGAUGGCACAGAAAAGGGUAAUGGUGGUUGUUGAUGAAACUUCUAGAUCUAAACAUGCUAUGAUGUGGGCAUUAACUCAUGUUACUAAUAAGGGUGAUUGGCUUACUCUGCUUCAUAUUAUUUCUGACUCUGAUUCUCACUCUUCUGCUUCUACUCUUGCUAGCUCUCUUGGCUCUCUUUGCAAAGCUUGCAAACCUGAGGUGGAAGUAGAAGCACUAGUGAUACAAGGUCCUAAGCUAUCAACAGUAUUGAGCCAAGUGAAGAAGCUAGAAGCAUCAGUGCUAGUGCUAGGCCAGAAGAAGCCCUCCCCAAUAAUGACUUGUUUGUUUGGAAUGAGCAAUUCAGAGGAUUUUGUGGAGCAAUGCAUUAACAAUGCCGAAUGCUUGACAAUUGGAGUCAGAAAGCAGAGCAAAGGAAUGGGUGGUUACCUCAUUAGCACCAGGUGGCAGAAGAAUUUCUGGCUCUUAGCUUAAAAAUAAUUAAAAUAAAUUAAUUAAAAUUAAAUUUUAUGUGGGUUUGUAGAGAGAAAAAAAUGGGAUAUAAAGAAUUUUUAGGAUUUUAGAAGGGAAUGAAGAAUAUUAUUAAUAAUUAUUAGGGAUCCUUUUAAGUAGUAAUAUUUGGGGUUAUAUGUUAACCCAUGAUGUAAUUACUAACUAAACUAAUUUAGAUCUGUUUAUGAGAUGGGAAAAUAUCAUAAUCAUGAUUA